UUUCUACGUGAAAAUAGUGUCCGUCUUAUCCGUUCGUUCAUUCGAUCGGCGAAUUACCGUGCAAGGUCAGUAAACAUGCCAGAAUUGACAGAGCUUGACAAGGCGGCGAGCUCGGAGCCUACGAAGGUGGAGUUGGUAGGUAUUGGUUCUGCAACUGAUUCUGACUCAGACGAUACUAUACCGGAAUUAGAAGAUGCUGGCACUCCGGGUACCGUUGGUUUUCCGGGUACAACAGUUACUGGACUUCCUAUUGAUAUGGUGUCCAAGGCCAAGCAAAGCCGUGGAGAAAAGAAAGCUAGGAAGCUCAUGAGCAAAUUAGGAUUGAAGCCGGUUCAAGGAGUCAAUAGAGUAACUAUUCGUAAAUCAAAGAAUAUUCUGUUUGUUAUAAACAAGCCAGAUGUUUUGAAGAAUCCAGCUUCAGAUACUUAUAUAGUAUUUGGUGAAGCCAAGAUUGAAGAUCUCAGUCAACAAGCUCAAGUAGCAGCAGCAGAGAAAUUUAAAGAACCACCAGUUAUACCAGCAACUGAAGCUGGUGGCAGCACUACGGCAAACGAAAAGAGGGAUGACGCGAGUCUAAAGGAAAGUAAAGAUUCAAAAAGAUCCAGUCAUUUAAGCGUAGAAAAUGACGUGAUAGAAUCGUUGGAUACGACGAAGCCGAAGUCGAGGUCAAGGGGAAGCCGUGGAGGCAAUUACGUAGGAUCGAAUUGCCUGAAGGUCCUGAGACCAGAACUAGUUAGGCGAGGUCUUUCGAGUUUCGAUGUAGAAGAAGCCGCGCAGUGA